AUACAGACGCUUUUUCAUGUUGCAAAUUUACCGAAAUUAACUAAAAAUUCGUGUUUUUCGAUUAAAAUAUAAAAUUUAUUCUCAAAAUGACUCAUUUGAGCACAAAAGAGAACCUCUUGCGAAUCGUGGAUGAGAUAGAAAUUGUUGCAAAAGAAUUAAUUGAAAAUUCAAUCGCAACGAAACAUCAAAAACUCUCCUCCGCCGACCACACACAACUCGUCGACUUGCUGAUUUCCAAGGACAAAGACCUCAAAAGCACCCUUUUGGUGGCUCAGGAACAAGCGAAAAUCGAGCAAAAUAUCGAAAAGUUACGGGCCGAAGUCGAAAUUCAGGACCAAGAAAUCUACCAGUUGCAGAAAAAACUCAAAGAAGCCGAACAAAUUCUGCAAACCGCUCUUUUUCAGGCACGACAAAAACUCGACAGCAUCCAAAAAGCCAACAAGCGUCCCAUUCCCUCGGAAGAUUUGAUCAAAUUCGCGCAUCGCAUCAGUGCAUCGAAUGCCAUUUGUGCGCCGCUUACAUGGACUCAGGGCGAUUUGCGACGUCCGUAUCCGAAUGACGUCGAAAUGCGACUCGGAUUCCUGGGAAAAGCCGAUUAUGCGAGCGUCAAUGGGGGCUUGCAGUAUCAGGGCAACUUGAAUGACAUCAAAACGGGCAGUGGGGCGGGAGACGUGCCAUCUGCCGCUCCAAAUCAGUUUUCGUGGCAACCGUCGGGCGAGUUGCACAUGUCAAUGGGCAAUAAUAGUGUGCCGCUGGAUACGAGAUCGCACAAAGAUGCGGCAGAUGUGGAGGUCAUGUCGACCGACAGUUCGAGCUCGAGUAGCAGCGAUUCGCAGUAAAACUGCAAGUUGUUCGAAUUUCGUAUUUUUUAUUUUAUUUUUUUAAUUCAAUAAAAAUUAAUUUUAACAUUUAAUAGUUUUUUUUUAU